GGGUGAGACCAUUUGAAAUCGCAAAACCGUUCAGUAAAUUACAGUUAGUACCGUUAUGUUUAAUUAAACGUUGAACAUCGUUCCGUCGUACUGAAUGCACCCCUGUGUCCUAGUUGUGGGUUUUUGGGUGGGUUUGCGAGCGCACAACCCAGACAGGCACCAAAUCACAACGGACUUCCCCAUUCUGUGCUAGGCAGCUACAUGCAAGUUACGGUAGUAGGGUCUGUAAUCAUUGGCAAGGAUGACCGAAAGCUCCGCAAACAAGCCGGCGAAUGGAGAAGUUUGUCACCGAGCGAAGAACGGAGUUAAACCGGGCAGAAACGGCUUCGUAAAAAACCAUCACCAUAACCAUCAUCAGCAGCCGAUGUACUGCUAUCCCGAGGACAAGGUGCAGCACACGGCGUGUAAUGGCAGCAGCGGUCUGGGCCUGUACAGCCGUCCCUUCAUCGAGUCUUUUGAGGAAACACCCAUGCUGGUGGCGGUCCUCACCUACAUGGGCUACGGCAUCCUCACCAUCUUCGGAUACCUCCGAGACUUCCUCCGGGACUGGAAAAUCGAGAGGUGUCACAUUGCCCGUGAGAGGGAGGAGCAGAAGGACUUUGUCCCACUUUACCAGGACUUUGAGAACUUUUACACCAGGAACUUAUAUAUGCGCAUCCGUGACAGUUGGAACCGACCCAUCUGCAGUGUCCCGGGGGCUAAGGUGGACCUGGUGGAACGUGUGUCACACGACUACAACUGGACCUUUGACUACACAGGCAGAGUGGUUGAAGGUGUGAUAAACAUGGGUUCUUAUAACUACCUGGGCUUUGCUGAGAACACAGGUUAUUGUGCCGACGCAUCCGCUGAGGUCACCAUGAAGUAUGGGGUGGGCGUGGCCAGCACCAGGCAGGAGAUGGGUAACUUAGACAGACAUGAGGAGAUGGAGGAGCUGGUUGCUAAAUUCCUGGGCGUGGAGUCGGCCAUGGCUUUCGGGAUGGGCUUCGCUACGAAUUCGAUGAACAUCCCUGCCCUCACUGGCAAGGGCUGUCUAAUCCUAAGUGAUGAGCUGAACCAUGCUUCUCUGGUCCUGGGAGCCAGGUUGUCUGGGUCCACCAUCCGAGUCUUCAAACACAACAACAUGCAGAGUCUGGAGAAGAUGUUGAGAGACGCCAUAGUCCACGGCCAGCCCAGAACACACAGGCCAUGGAAGAAGAUCCUCAUACUGGUAGAGGGAAUAUACAGUAUGGAAGGCAGUAUAGUACGUCUACCUGAAGUCAUAGCUCUGAAGAAGCGCUACAGGGCCUAUCUUUACCUGGAUGAGGCCCACAGUAUUGGGGCUCUGGGGCCGGGGGGCCGAGGUGUGGUCGACUACUUUGGUCUGGACCCCCGAGACGUGGACGUCAUGAUGGGGACGUUCACCAAGAGCUUCGGCGCUGCGGGGGGCUACAUUGGAGGCAGGAGGGAGUUGAUGGAGUACCUGCGUUCCCACUCUCACAGUGCGGUGUACGCCGCAUCUAUGUCACCUCCUGUCGUGGAGCAGAUCAUCGCUUCUAUGAAGUGCAUUAUGGGGGAGGACGGGACGACGCUAGGUCUUGAUCGCGUGCAGCAGUUGGCAGAGAACACUUUGUAUUUCCGUCGGAGAAUGACAGAGAUGGGCUUUAUCAUCUACGGCAACAACGAUUCGCCCGUAGUUCCCAUGAUGCUCUACAUGCCGGCCAAGAUAGGGGCUUUUGGUAGAGAGAUGCUGAAGAGGAACAUCGGGGUGGUGGUGGUGGGCUUUCCAGCCACACCCAUCAUUGAGUCCAGAGCACGAUUCUGUAUCUCUGCCGCUCACACCAAAGACAUGCUCGACACGGCCCUGAGUGUGAUCAGUGAGGUAGGAGACCUGCUGCAGGUCAAGUACUCCAGACACAGGAGACUUCCCUCUAUGGACCAAGUCGUCGACCAUAGCAUCUACGACCAGAUACAAGACAGAGUGGACUAGACCGGAUCGGACCAGAUUGGACUGGCAGUCUUCCACACCCAGAACCAAAAUGUGCACUGCUCCUCUCUCUGAGCUCGCCUUGACAUCACAGAACCACUUGAUUCAUCUAACACAAGGUUUUAACUUUCACACGCCUGCCUUAUUUUACCAGGAAACUCACUGCAUCAUGGCGAAGAAGGAAAGAAAACACAGAAAACGUUUCUUUUUUUAAAUGAUUAUUUCUUACCUCUGUUUUGUCUUAAAUAAUGUUGUGUCUGUUUCUUAAUUUAUUGUGGCAUUUUAUUUCUGAAGGAUUAGUAGAGGACUGCUUAUGUAUGCUUAUAGCUGCUUUAUGUCAUACCUAUGUCAUGUCAUCUCUCAGACUAGGUGUGUUUGGGAGAAACGGUGUGAUUUGGAAAGACCAACCUAACUGUAGCUUACGAAGCUUUUGGGAAACUCAUCCCGAACCGAGGUAUUUGAAACUUUCGGAGGGGAGAUGGGGGGUUGAAGAAAAACAGCAACAACAAGAAUCAACACAAACAAACAAACUCAUGGUGAUUUCUAAAGCCUGGUUUUGAAAAUGAGGUCAUAAAACACGCAGUGAGUUUCCGGUAGAAGUUGCCCUUAGGUACAGAUCUAGGACCAGCUUACCCUCCACAAAUCCUAUCCUUACCCAUUGGGGGUGAAACGUAUAUCUGACCUUAGAUCAGUGUCAAGGGGCAACAUCAUCCUACUCUACUCAGUAAUGGUAUUGCUAUGAAGUACGGUGUAGGAGUGCUUUGCGAUGCAUGUUUGGUGUAACCGACUCCGGAGCCAAACUUAGCCAUUGUAACUUGCAGCCAGGAACAGUGUCUUACUUGAAUCUCUAACUAUUGUUUCUCUUUACCAAAGUAUUUAUGAUUUAAUUUUAUUUACAGAUGACUAUAUCUCAUAAUAGGGCAGAGUGAGAGACGUUGUACCAAGACCUUUACUUUCAGAUGAGCUAUGUGCACAUCACUCCUCCUCGCUCGUUUCCACUAGCCCUUGGUUCCGGGGGGUUCCGGGGGGGCUUACUGUGGAAUAUGCUUUGACUGGAUCAAAUGUCAGGACAGACUUAGUCUUAACCAAACGUGUGUGUGUGUGAGAGAGAGAGAGAGAGUUGUUUAAUGUACAUAUGUAUUUAUUUAUUCAUGUUUCCAUGUUUUUUUUCUCAAUUUGGAAUUUAAAAAACAAUUUUAUCACUGGCAGCUCUGAAACCAUGUCCUGCAUCCGCAUACUUUUACACCUCUCUGACCGACCACCUGCCCUCAGUGCAAUCACUACUGAUGAGUAUUUUAUUGUUUGGCACACCUUACCGAUGCAUGUACAUUAUGACGUAGUCAGUGACGCUGCUAGUACACCAAGAAACAAGGUGCUCAACUGUACACACUCCUUUCUGUGGCUUUGUCUUUUAUUUUUUUAUACAACCUGAACUCAUUCCAAAAUUACUGAUUUAAUGUAUGAACUUGUCAUAUCUUAUCAAGGACAUGUUCUGUUUAUGUGUCAAAUAUAUAUAUAUAUAUAUAUAUAUUAUUUUUCUUUCUUUGAGAUAUUAUUAAUAUAAGUGACCUGCAAAGAGCUGGAGGACAGACAUUAAGAUAAUUCAAAUAUUGAAUAUAGAGAAAUUCAUGAAAAUCUAUUUAGUUUUCUUACUGUACAAAGAACUGUCUCGCAAUUGCGAAUGAUUCGACUCAUUCAGCUAGCUAUUUUUUCCUCAAAGGCAAACAGUUAGAAGGACAGUUGAAGUCGGAAGUUUACAUGCACUUAGGUUGGAGUCAUUAAACCUCGUUUUUCAACCACU